AUGAAUCCCGACAAAAUUGACGAGGCCAAGACUGGAGAUAGUAAUAAAGUACGAAAGGAAAAAAAAUUGUGGGUAAGGUCUAUAAGUAGCAGUAAUGCAACACCAAAAUUAAAGCCUCGAGUGGUGACGAUUAUGCAACAUGAUUCGAAAAAGUUGUACACGGCUGCUAGCAAGAAAGAAAAUAGAAAAAAAUCAGUUCAAGACGCAGUAAAGGAAAUUCAGAAUUGUAACGAAUGUUUCGAUUGGCGUUUAGACUUGAGCAAAUCGGGCUUAACCAAAGUUCCAAUAAUAAUUAGAGACUCUACACAACUGACUGAAAUAUAUCUGUAUGGGAACAAAUUAGUCACUUUACCGUCGGAAAUCGGGUGUCUGACUGGUUUGCGAACAUUAGCGCUGAGUGAAAACUCUCUAAUCGAUCUACCCGAUUCACUUGCCAAUCUUACUAGUCUUAGGGUUUUAGACCUGAGACAUAAUAAACUCACGGAACUACCAGAUGUCGUUUUUAAAUUGGUUAAACUAACAACACUGUUUCUGCGUUUCAAUCGCAUACAUACUGUAGGUGAUGGUAUUAGUAAAUUGACUAACUUAACAAUGCUCAGUUGUCGAGAAAAUAAAAUCAAAGACAUUUCAUCUAAUAUAGGUAAAUUGGAAUCUUUAGUCACACUCGACGUAUCACACAAUCAUUUGGAACACUUGCCCCAAGAGAUUGGCAACUGUAAACAAUUGUCUACAUUAGAUCUUCAACACAACGAACUUGUUGACAUUCCUGAUACUAUUGGUAAUCUUACACUUCUUAAGCGUUUAGGUUUACAGUACAACAGGUUAAAGACCCUACCAAGUUCAUUGAGUAAUUGUCAAUUAAAUGAAUUUAAUGUGGAAGGUAACAUUAUAUGCUGUUUACCCAAUGGUCUUCUUGCAAAUUUUAAUUUAAGCAGUGUAACAUUAGCUAGAAAUUGUUUUAACGCUUAUCCAACUGGAGGACCUGCACAAUUUAUCAAGGUACACACAAUUAAUUUUGAGCACAACAACAUUGAUAAAAUACCGUAUGGAAUAUUUUCUAAAGCUGAAUAUUUAACAAAACUUAACAUGAAAUAUAAUGCCUUAACAUCGUUGCCGUUAGAUACAAACUGUUGGACUAAAUUAAUUGAGUUGAAUUUAUCUACAAACAUGAUUAGUAAAUUACCUGAUAAUAUACAGUGUAUACAAACAUUGGAGGUGUUGAUUUUAUCCAAUAAUCUAUUAAAAAGACUGCCUGCUGCAAUAGGAAAUCUUCAAAAACUUAGAGUACUAGAUCUCGAAGAAAACGAAUUAGAAUUGUUACCUCAAGAAAUCGGUAAUUUAAGAUCGUUGCAAAAAUUACUGUUACAAGAAAAUCAGUUAAAAGUUCUACCACGUGCUAUUGGCCAUCUAUCUUGUCUUGUUAUUCUAAAUGCUGCGGAAAAUAAACUUGGUGCAAUACCUAAAGAAAUCGGUACAUUAGAAAAUUUGGAAGAACUUUACAUAAACAGCAACCAAAAUCUUCAUAAUUUACCUUUUGAACUUGCCUUAUGUUACAACUUACGGUUGUUAAAUAUUGAAAAUUGUCCAUUGAGUCAACUUGGGGAUGCAGCUAAAUACGGACCAUCAUUUGUAAUAGCAUAUCUCAAAGCUAACGGCCCAUAUCGGUUUAAUUAA